CAUCAUGACCUCUUUUUCGCAGGGCCUUUCAAGGACUGCCUUGCUGCUCUAGAGGAGGGUCAUGCCACCAGUGGCAUGUACCUGGUCAAGCCUGAGAACGCCAACCGGUUGAUGCAGGUGUGGUGUGACCAGAGGCACGAUCCCGGCGGCUGGACAGUCAUUCAGAGACGCCAGGACGGCUCCGUCAACUUCUUCAGGAACUGGGACACCUACAAGCAAGGGUUUGGUAACAUUGACAGUGAAUACUGGCUGGGUCUUGAAAACAUCUACUGGCUGACCAACCAGGGCAACUACAAGCUUCUGGUGAUGCUGGAGGACUGGUCCGGUCGCAAGACCUUUGCCGAAUACGCCAGCUUCCGUAUUGAGGCAGAGGCAGACUUCUACAAACUAAGAGUGGGUCGCUACCAUGGCAACGCCGGGACUCCCUCACAUGGCACAACGGCAAGCAGUUCACCACGCUGGACAGGGACCACGACGUGUAUACAGGUAACUGUGCCCAUUACCAGAAGGGUGGCUGGUGGUAUAACGCCUGUGCCCACUCCAACCUGA